AGCUACUUGAUCAUUCUCGUCGACAUCUUGCCGGCGCGGACGUAUCCGUCGCCAUGGCUUGUUUUGUUUUUCUUAUAUGUCUUAUAAUUUAUACGGCGAUAGUCACAACAUUUGUUAGCAUUGGUAAGACGUGCGAAGGACGACAUGAAAUAUACAUCGACUGUCCUGCCGGCCAAUGUAACCCCAAAACUUGUAACGACUUAGUGCAUCCACCUGGUUGUCCAGGAAAAAUACCACCAUGCCCAGGUGGCUGUGUUUGCGAAACCGGAUAUCUAAGAAAUGAGAAUGGAACAUGCAUACCGGAGGAACAGUGUUCUUACAUUUGCACCAAGAAACACGAAAGAUAUAUAAAUUGUUACGCUGGUCAAUGCAUUCCCGAAACUUGUGAAGAUUUGGAUAGACCGAUUAUAUGUCCUUUCAUAAUAGGACCAUGCCCUGGUGGCUGCAUGUGUGAAGAAGGAUACUUAAGACAAGAUGGAGAAUGUAUCAAGAUCGAAGACUGUCCUCCAAAACCUUGCGGAGGAAAUCAAACGUGGUUGUCCCCGUGCAACGCACCCUGUCCCUAUCCUCAAUGCCCAAGAGACGACAAGCCACCAUGCGCUGAGCUAAAACCAUGCUACCCAGGAUGUCAAUGCAAACCAGGUUAUAACAGAAAUUCAACUGGACUCUGUAUCCUGGCUUCGGAUUGUCCUUCGUACUCCACAUCUGACUAAGUCGGUUCGAGUCUUUGCAGAAACAAACUUAUUUGUAUUUGAUUUAUGAUAUGAUAGUACCCUUUCCCUUUUUAUGUUAUUCGGUCCAAUAAUUAUACAGUAUUUACACAAUGAAAA